CCUCUCCUGCAGCAGCAGCAACAGCAGCAACAGCAGCAAAAGCUGCAGCAGCAACUACGAAGACAGUUGCUGAGAAACAACCAUUGAAGAAGGCAGCAGCAGCAGCAGCAACACCGGCAGCAGCAAAAUCGAGGAAAGCUGCAGCAGCAGCAAAAGCAGCAGCAGCAGUUAAGGCGACUUCAGCAGAAGAGGAUCAAGAUGAUGAAGAAGCGGAUUCCAUAUCAGAAGGCGAGGGCUACGACGAUAUAUCUGAAGAUGAAACAGCAGAAGACAGCAGCAAAAUAAAAGUUGCAGCUGCGAGCGCCAAGGGUCGCCGCGCGUUGGCGAAGCUCGAAAGCAGCAGCAGCAGCAGCAGCAGCAGCAGCAGCAGCAGCAGCAGCAAGACGGGUUCUCUGUUCGCCUGCAGAGUUGCUGAAGCAACAGCAGAUUUGUCUUCUCCUUUUUUUGACCCAGAGCUUUUCGACUUCAAAAGAAACAGCGACAGCGAGGGCAACGUCUAG